CCGGGCUUCCCUGAUUUCCGGUUUGGGCCGUCCCGUGUCCUGGCCGGCUGCCCCCACGUGAGGGCCGGGCCGGAGCAGGGGGAGUCCGGGCUGCGCCGCCCUCCAGCGCCAUCAUGUGCGAGGUGCCCGCGGAGGUUCAGCGCUUCCUACAGCAGCACCCGGUGCUGCGCCUCGUCGAGCCGGGCAAUAAGGUGAAAUGCAGGUUGACAGGUCACGAGCUGCCAUGUCGGAUGCCAGAGCUGCAAGCUUAUACGAGUGGCAAGAAGUAUCUGAGACUGAUAAAGACAGCAAGAGCAUUUGACUACAGUGAAUUCGAGCCACACGUUGUGCCCAGUACCAAGAAUCCCCAUCAGCUGUUUUGCAAGCUCACUCUCAGGCACAUCAACAGGCUUCCAGAGCAUGUGCUGCGUCAUGUCCAAGGAAGGCGCUAUCAGAGAGCACUGAAAAAAUAUGAGGAGUGCCAGAAGGAGGGUGUGGAGUACGUCCCUGCCUGCCUCCUGCAGAAGAGACAGCGGCGGCGAGAUGACCAGGCUGAGGGGAGCAGGCAGCCCCGCAGAAAGGGAGAAUUCUGGGAGCCUAUGUCCAGUGAAGAGGAAGAAGAUGAGACAGAUGAUAGCAUGAGCGACCUGUACCCAGCUGAGCUUUUCCCAGAAAAAAGGCCAGUGGUGCAAGGAGAACGGGAAGGUGAUGAUGACUUCGUGACAGAUAGCGAGGAAGAUGUGGCCAAGCCCGCAGAGGAAAACAGCAGCAUGAAUGGAGAGGAGAGUGAAAAGAUGGACGAGACCAGACGAGCUGGCAACAAAAGGGGAAAGGAACAAUGGCACUGGCUCAGGAAAGCAUUCUCUCCCCCAGCCCAUGAGUGUGGGUAUUGGGAUGCCAGAGCAGGUGCUUUCCCUUGAGAGUUCUGUACCUGCUGUUGCUCAGUGCGGGGAAAAGAUUUUGCAUCUACAAGAGAGACUGGCAGAAAUGGAUCAAGAAAGCAAAGGGUGCUCUGGGCUGGAAGAUCAGACACUGCUCUGAACCCACUGGUGAGGUGAUGUGAACCCUGCAUGCAUUAUGAAAUGCUCAGCAUUUGAGCUUCUGCCUUUCAGUGCCAGGAACAGGGUCUUUCACAGCUCCACAAAUAUUAGUUCCACCAGUUACUGCUCAGAUUGAAAGAACCUGGAGCCACAUUUAGAUAAAUGCUGAUUGGUUGCUGAAAGGAGCUGUCUCUGGGAAUCACUUUCUGGCUUGCUUCCCUUUGUUGGUGGGUGGAAAAUGCUGAAAAGGAUUGAUUUUGGCACACUACAUUUUAAAAUGAAGUCUGUCUUGAGACCCUUCCCACUAACCCACCCCCAACAUCUUACUGAAAUCUUUCCACCAAUAUAUCACCACCACCCCCUGGUUCUGCUCAGGAAAAGAAAUGAGACAUUCCAUUUUCAUUACAGAAAAUAAAACCCUCUCUUUCCUCACCUAGAGAAGGAUGCAGCUGCUUCUGCCAUUCUCUUUGCCCCUCUCUCUCUGUCUUGGGGUGUGGAAAGGACCUUCCCCUUGCUCAGACCUGGGUACAUAACACUGUAAUUUUUUAAAACCAAUGUCUUCACUUAGCGUAACUCUCCAAUUGUACAAACAAUGCUCCAACCAGCAGCUGGGUUUUAUAUACACAGAGGAUUUUUAGUUCUCUGAAGGGAAUGGGGAAUUCACUUGUAAGAGUUAAACAGAAAAAAUAACCAAACAGCACACUGAAUGAUACUGCUGUGUAUCUGCUCACUGUACUUUAAAUUUAAAAGCCAUUACUGAAGUACUCAAUGAAAUGUGGAUUCCUUGGGUUAGUUCCAAUUCUAGGAAGUUAAAAACAA